AUGAAACGGGCACUAACACAGCGAUUAAAAGUAUUAAAUUCAAUAAGAAAUCAGUCAAUUCCAGAAUCAGAUGAUACUCCUCCUAUUGUGAAGUACCAAAUGAUUUAUGAUGAUGAUGAUAACGAUGAUAUUGAUGAUAAUAACGUGAAUGAAAAUAAGUUUCGUUUUUUUGUUACAACAAAAAGACUUCAAGAUCUUGAUCGACACUUGCAUUCAUUGGGUAUGGCUAUUUGUUCAAAUGAGAAAACACAGGAGUUCAUGUUUGUGUUGCGUGGUCUACAAGAAGGUAUACAAAAGCUCAGUUUAGAAGAAAGAAAUCCAGAUGUUUUAAUUGUUGAUGGUGCUGAUUCAAUACGUAAUGCGUUACAAGAUGUUUUGGGGAAAAAGCCAAUGGUUAUGUGUCGGGCUCAUAUGUGCAGAAACGUAGUGAAAAAGAUAGAAUCAAUUGUAGACAAGUCGGAACAAGUAAAUUUGGUAAAUGAUAACGAAACAUUACAAGUAGUACAAAGUGAACGAAUAUUCAUAAAAGCUUCCAAUUUAUCAAUACUUCGACCGAAUUUAAUAAUUUAA